UCGAAUGUAAUCAUCCCUGAUCGAUCGCAAAUAAAAGAAAAUAGAAAAAGAAGAAAAAAGGAAAGAAAUAAAAAAAAAAAAAAUACUAAUAUAUAAAAAUAUUAAUAAAUGAAAUUAUUCUCGCGAUUAAGAGAUAUCGGAUAUAAUUUAGCAGAUACCUUCGCUAAAUCCUUUUCGAUUAACAAAGGGAGCAAUAAAAAUGUCGUGUGCGUAACUCUCUCUGCUAUACGUUUAUCACUGCAUUCACAUCUUCUUUUACUUUCUGUAUUUCAUCUACUUGCGUGUAUAACGCCAAAAUAUUCUAACUAUAAGUAUUUUAAUAAUGCUCUUGCAUAUCAUCGCGCGAUAUGUAUGUACGUACAAAAGAAAGAAAAAAAAAAAAAGAAAGAAAGAAAGAAAGAAAGCGAAGAGGGGAAAGAGCAAGAUAGACACACUGUGCGCUUGGCGUUAUCAAUGAAAAGAAAGAAAGAAAGAAAAAAAAAAAAAGAAAAAAGGAAAAAAGAAAAGAAAAAGAGAAGAUAAAACAAAAUAAAAUAAAAACGCGUGUAGGGAAAACGAGUACGAGAAGAAAAAAAAAAAGAAAAAAAAAAGAAAAAAAACCAGAAGGAAGAAAAUACAUUUUAAAAGAAACACUAUGGGAAAACAUUUGGAACGUAUUUACGUGUAUAUUACAUACUUUCUUAUACAUAAUAUACUUAUAAAUUUCUCUUCGUAAAAGAGCGUUCGAAGAAGAACGAAACGGGUGUAGAUUUUGGGCUACGUGCAACCUUUGAGAGACGAUAUAAUUAUUGAUUUUUUAAAAUCACGAAAAUAGAAUUUUGAUACAUUGUAUACAUUUUGUAUAUAGAAAAAUAUGCUAUGUACGUUCGAUCGCUAUCAAUCCAUGGAUGUUUACUGUAUUCUACCUAAUUUCAUUCAUUCUUUACACUGUGAGAUACCCAAAUUUUUCCCGCGUUGACGCGUACGCAAGGCGUAUAUAUACACAUAUACAUAUAUAUACAUAUAUAUAUAUACAUAUAUAUAUAUAUAUAGGUAUGGAUGUAAGUAUGUAUGUACAUAAAAUACGUACAUACGUAAUGUGUACGUCGUUUAUAUUCGAGGAUGUACUUAAAGGCCAAAUUUGAGAAAACAAAGUUCGUCGGUGUAUAUUGAAAAAUGAAAAGAUACACCUAAAUAUAGGCUCGUAUUCUUAUCGCUUUAUUCGUAAACAAAUCGUACGUAUAAUAUGCGUACGUAGAUCAUCACGAUAAAGCUGAGCAUCAAACACUAUUCCUUCUUCGUGUAAGCUAAUCGAUCGACGCGAUAAAGGGUAAGGAUGCGAAUCUAAAAAAAUCUACGAGCGUAUUAUUCUUAAGUAAUUCAUCGCAAUGCGCGUCGCAAACUCUGAAAAUGUGAUUAUCUUUCACCCUUAGGAUUAUAAAAAAAAAAAAGAGAAAAAAAAAGAAAAAAAAAAAUAAUGUACAGAAUGCACAAGGAACUAUAACAAUCACACAGAAUGAAGAAGUCAUAAUAGGUACACACAGACACUGUACAUAAUUCAUAUGUAGUCGAUAAGAAUAUUUUUUGUACGUAGUCAAUUUAGAGUAAAAAUUCUAUCGCUGCAUCGCGCCAAUUCGUUCUUCGCCACUCUUUACGAAACAAAAAAAAAAAAAAAAAAAAAAGAAAAAAAGAAAAAAAAAAGAUUCAAAUGCGAAAUUCAUUAUGAACGAAAUGAAUUAUCUUGUAUUUUAUUUUAUUAACGGUGACGAUAUUCGUAUUUUCUCCUUUCCCCUUUGAUACUUUGAUUAUCAACGAUUCUUUCUAAUUGAUUUCGAGCUUGAGAAUAAUUCUCUCCACGAUCUCCACGUUCUAUCGAUAAUAUUUUAUUCCUAUCGAAUCUCGGAACAAAUUCAAAACAAUUUAUAUUAUAUUUGUUUGGUACCUUAUUAAAAUUAAAAAAAAAAAAAAAGAAAAAAAAAGAAAAAAAAUAUGGAAUAUGAGAAAAAAUUUAUAUUGCAAAAUUAUCAUAUUAUUAAUAUCGACGAUCGAUGAUAUAUAGCAUGUAAAAUCGUUAAAUCUAUAAACGACAUUAAUGUCAUCUCUAUGAUUGAUCUAUAUCUCUGGAAUUAUAUUUUAUUUAUGUCAAUUGUGCAAAAUGUUAAAAGAAUAAUUGAUCCUUAAAUCGAAAAAAUUAAUAGAUUGUGUUUCCAUAUCGGCGAUUUUUCAAUUGCACCACGCUAUUUCAUCGAUCAGCAAAAAACAGGAUAUAGUUGGUGCAGCCUGAAGAUUUUAGAACGUUCAGAAUUUUAAUUAAACGAACAAAUUGUUCUUGGCGUCGCUUCGAAAUACGUUAGUCAGAGUGAACGAGAUGUACGCGAUGAAUAUAAUAACGCAGAGUAUCGAGAGAGAGAGAGAGAGAGAGAGAGAGAGAGAGAGAGAGAGAGAGAGAGAGAAGAGUGUGAAAAUGUUAUGGGAUCUUCUUUAUCCAUUAAAAAUCGCUACGUUUUGACAUGAAUCGUUCAUUAAAACUAAUCUCCUGUAAAUAUUGCUCGUACAUCGAACUGUUCUUGUAAAUACGGAUAUUUCAUUGUAUGAUGUAUGAUAAAUAAUGAAUUUUCAACGGACCAUAUCAUAGCGUUUGCUAUUUCUCCUAGGUAUGUAUAUAAAACAAGAAUCGUAACAUUUUCUUUUCGUUCAUUUAAUUAUUUCUUCGUCGUUAUUCUAUCGUCUAAUUCAAUGCAAAAGUGGUCAUAGUCAAAGACGCGUAGAAAUACAAAAGCUUCUCUAAUGAGAAUAAAUCUUAUCAAGGAGAAUGAUCUUCGUUUGAUGUUUCGAUAAUCUUGAAUGUAAUAACGAGGUGCAAAGGUAAUGAUCCAAUAACGAUCGGGCCACUCCUCAUCGAUAUAAAUGGUUUACGCGAUUUUUAGGAUAGCUUAACGUAUAUCGAAGAAGCUACGAAUUAUGAUGUCUCUAAAUAUAAUAUCGAUCUAGAUUUUAUAUAACGCGUACAAGAGAGAAUCUGAAAGAUUGAAAGUAAGAAAGAGAGAGAGAGAGAAAGAGAGCAUGCGAGUGCGCGUUGCAAAAUACACGUUCGGCAGAUUAAUAAAUCGUAUUUUCGAGAUAUAUUUUGUUCGUCAAAUUAUUAUACCAAUAUCAUGCGCCAUUCCUGCCAUCCUUAAUAAAAUAUCCAUAGAUUUAUGUCGAUGUGCACGAAUUAAACGUAAACUUGAUUACGUUCCUUUUUACUUAACCUUCAAAUAAACUUAUUGAAAAAAGGGAAAAAAAAAAACGCAAAAAUCUCGAUUACUCAUAUUAAUGCAUAAUAAAUUUGAAAGGAAAGAAUUUACUUACAUAAAAAAAGAAUAUCAUUUACUCAUUUUCCCUUUUUUCAAAUAUCUCGGGUCGGCUUUUCGAAAUUUUUUUUUUUUUUCUUCUUUAGACUCAUCGUUAUACACGGCUGCAAGCUCGUAUUAAACGUACGAUAUUCAAACUGAUACGUAUCUUUAUAUAAUAAUCAAGUGAAUGAAGAAGAAAAAAGAUUGGCGAAUAAUUUUCUGCUGAAUAUCUAAAUAAACAUAAUCAGUUACUAACCUGUUGAAUGUUAUCAUUAGUAUACAGAUAUCUAAGAACGAAAAUAAUUUUGAAAGCGUAUCGCGACAAUAAUCUUAAAUCUUACGCGAGAUCAGAUAUACCUUCGUAUGCAUACGCGCGACUAAAUACUAACGGUUAUUUUCUGGGCCGAUGCACACAAAGCUCGUAUUAAACGUACAUAUUCAAACUGAUACGUAUCUAUUUAUAAUAAUCAAAUGAUUGAAAAAGAAAAAAGAUUGACGAAUGAUUAUCUGCUUAAUAUUUAAAUAAACAUAAUCAGUUACUAACCUGUUGAAUGUUAUCAUUAGUAUAUAGAUAUCUAAGAACGAAAAUAAUUUUGAAAGCGUAUCGCGAUAAUAAUCUUAAAUCUUACGCGAAAUCAGAAAUACCUUUGUAUUCAUACGCGCGACUAAAUACUAACGGUCAUUUUCUGGGCCGAUGCGCACAAAGCUUUCUCAUUGGUUGAUAUUAAUACAUUAUUGACCAAUCAAAGAAUAAAUAGAAAAUGGUAUACUCGAUUAAUAUAUUUCUCGAACAUAUUAAUAAUUAUUUCAAAUCUUCAUCGAAUUGGUUCUAAAAAAAUAUAAUUAUUGAGAAUAUUUCAUUAUUUUGCAUUUUAAGUCGAAUGGUUGCAACGAAAAGGUUUUUAGAAUUUUACGCAGAACUUAACCUCUCAACUGUCAAAACAAAAAAUUUAGUUGGUUAGAUUGAUUAUUUUUAACAUCUUUUAAUAUAUUUUAAUAUGUCUCAAGUAUAUGACAAUUAUUAUAAUGAUUAUCAUAAAAAUGCUGAAAUGCAGCAGAAUUUAAAAUAUAAAAAGAAAUAUCGGAAAUUGAAAAGAAUUGUGAAGGACACAGUUUUUGAAAAUGCAGCAUUAUGCGAUCAAGUGGCACAAAUGCAAGAAAAUCUUAUGCUUAUGAAAGAAGAGAGACUUUUUCUCCUACGAAAAUUAUGUCAGCAACAAGGAGAGAUAGACCCAGGUACAAUGAUGGUACGAUCUCAAUCGAAUAAUCUUAAUUCCUCUUCUUUCAAUUCAGAAUGUUCUACGCCUAAGAAGACAGUAAAGAAGAGAAUCUCAAUGGAUGCCUCGGAGACUAAAGUUAAGCCAAAACGAUAUAACAAAACAACAAGAAGAGCAGUAAACCUAAUACCUUUAGAUGUAAAUGGAAGACCUAUAUUUCCUAUUUCAUUAGGUGAUCUUACAGUAUAUUCUCUUGGUGAAGUGGUUUCAGAUAGAAUUGCAUAUCAUACAGAAGACCUCAUUUUUCCGGUAGGAUACUGUAGUACAAGAAUAUAUGCUAGUUUACGCGAUGUAAGAGCCAAAAGUUUAUACACUUGCAAAAUUUUGGAUGGUGGAUCGAGACCUAGAUUUGAAAUAGUCUCUGACAAUGAUCUCGAUCAAGCAUUAGUAGGAUCUACUCCCGACGAAUGUCAUUCACGAUUAUUAACAGCCAUUUCCCCUGCUCUUCGCUCAAUAACACCGAGAGGAGCUGAUUUUUUUGGUGUUUCACAUCCUACAAUUCAAAAUCUUAUACAAAGCUCCCCAGGAACUCGCAAACUUAUCGCAUACAAACAACAACGUUUCGAAGUAGGUAAGAAUCAUAUUAUUGAAAGAGGUACUAGUCCUAUGAUAGAAGAAGAGGCAGACCCAGGAUUAGGAUUUGCAGCUCUUCAUAAACACUAUGCGCUAUCUAAUUCUUAUAGAAUUAAGGAAGAACCUUCAGAUCACGAUCUUUUAGCUCUUCAAGAUUUACUUUCAUGAUUUUUUCAACAAAAAUAACAAAUACAUUUUAACUCUUUCUUUUAUAAUUCUUUACUUUUCUUUCUCUAUUGAAUGUGAACACAGAAUUAUAAAUAUAGUUUUCCUAGACGAGUA